AUGGAGCCCGGAACAGAAUCUUGUCCCUGCCUUAAAUAUUGCUGCUCUGCAUUUCACACUUACCAGGACGUAGAGCUUGCGAAAGCGUCCGACCUUACGAACGACAUCAUCCCGCUUUUUGCUCGAGACCGCUACCGAUCGAAGAUCGACUACUCUGUAUUGGAGCCGUCAUUACGCCUGGCGUCACAGCUGUUGAGCUCUGGGGGUGCUGCAUCAUGGCUUGUCACCAUGGUAGAUGGCGACAUUCAUUUCGUGCGAGGAACAGCGAAGGGAGCGAGAGUGCAAUGGUCGGAGAUUGACAGCAUGCGUGACUCCGUGGGAAUCGCUAUCUUCCCGCAGCUUGCCCGACAUCUCAAGGAAGGGUACUUUCAAGACGUUGAGAAGACAGGAGAAAGAGCGGCUCAUAUCCUGCAGAACCUGAGCAAUAUGAUCGACAUCGACUUCGCCAACCUGCCGCCAGACGUACGAGGAUAUAGCAAAGCUGUUGAGGGUCCUCUAGGCCCCGAUCUGAUGACACACUGGCCAAGAGGAGUUCGCAGCCAGGUCUUUGUCGCAGCUGAAAAGUACUUCGAGUUGUUCAAGUUGACCACACGGCAGAAGGAGGGCUUGCUGUCGAACAAAGAACUCGAACGGCUGCUCCUCACUCAGUUUUCCUACGCCAUGACUUUAGUCCACGAAGUCGGUCACUCCGUUCACUGUGCGGCGGAAGGCUCAGUCCAUCGAGGCGAACCCUUCUUCGGGGAUUGUGCACUUGCAGAAGGUGGUUAUGAUCUUGAAGCAGCCAUCUUUGGUGGUCUCCUUGACGGCAACAUUACCAUGACGACUAGACAUUACGCCAAGGACUCUGGACUGUGUCGGCAAGCGAAAGAGCGUGUUCGCCAAGGUCAAUAUGUCAAGAAUGCCCUCACACUGACGAAAUGGCCCUCAGGGAUAUAUCAACAUUCCUAUCAUGCCGGGCAUUCCAUCAUGGGGUCGAGAAAGGACCUUUCGCUCGUGGACGAAGUGGCCAGGGUGCCACUUUCAUUCAUCGGAGACCUGUUCUCGAUGCGAUACUGGGAGAUUCAGAAGUCUGCAGAUACUUUGGAUUCUCUUCGAGUGCCAACUAGGGGCCAAUGGCUAGUUGGUGCAAACAAGAAGACCGGGAGACAUUGCGAUUGA